CGUUUCUUGUUUUUCAACCACGACCGAGACUCUUUACAUGGAAAAAAGCGGCCCCAAUCAUGCACUUGACGCGCGUCGUUACCGAUCGGAUACCUAUGCAAGCGUUAUCAAUCGAGACAUUGAACGCGGGAAUCUCUCGAGGCUCAACAAACCAGUUCCUACCUCUUUCGAUUCUUCGCAUCCUUCCCCGAUCUGCUAUGAGAUGCUAGAUCUGCUUACCUUUGCUCUGAAAUCACUCAAUCUAAACAACACUCGGACCGUAUCCAACUUCCGAGCACAGUGGCAUCGAAUCUGUGCUUGGACAUCGUUUUUCAUCCAUCACUCCAUUCUUGACGGGACUGCGCUCACACCUGAAAGUCUCGGAUUCCAAAAUCGACUCAUUUAUGUCUCGGCUGAGGUCGCCUCCAUGCUUGACGUGGCUGGGUUUACGGUGCCAAUCCACAUGCUGAGGGUUCCACCUUCUCCAAAGCGACUUCACCUGGUCGAGGCAACUCGGGAUUUUAUUCCGUUAUUGGUCGAAUUGACGAUUCAUCUCGCUUCUAUUUCUCAUCCCGGAUUUGAAUUCCUCUGGUCUCACAUCCUGAGGCUGGAUAGAAUCCUCGACAAGCAAAUCUGUGAUGCACUGAACACUCUGAUCAAGGCGCCAAAUCCAAAGUACGACGUCGCUACAGUACUCCACGACAUUCUUUUGGAGGAGCUUAGGCGAAAUACAGAUGGGGUUAACGUAUGGGCUCUACGGUGUGCCCUCGACAUUACAACCCGCCUCAUGUUUUCGGGUCCAGUCACCAUCCCUCGUCAACUGGUGUCCAAGGGGAUCAUAAAGACGCUCACAGGGGUUCUCGAACGAACGGCUGUAUUCUCACACAACGCGAAUAACCGGGAGCAACAAGAUGCAACUAUAGACGUACUCAAUGACUGUCUUCGCGGCAUCGAGUGCUGCAUAUCCGACGGAUUCGCGCCAGUGUGCGACGCUCUCGACGCGGGACUUCUCCUGGCCAUUUUGGAAGCAUGGUUUAUCGUGUAUUCCUGGCUGGAGUACCCCGACGAUGAAUGUCCCUUUCGAAAUUUCAGCGUGCAGAUUUUAGACACUAUUCGGCAACUUUUGAUCGUUCCGUCUGUUGUUCGCCGAGUCCUGAAGAAGACACGGAAUAUACUGUCAGAUAGGACGAUUGCGAUUCCAUUGAUGUAUCAGUCAACGACCCAAACUGCUGUGGUAGAGUCGGUGGAGCUUUUAGGUAAGGAAGCGUUCAAUAUGAAGAUCGCGUUGGACUAUUUCGGUAAAGCGACUGAGAGACGGCUUUCGUGCUCGAAUGAGGGGAAGUGCCCGGAAGCUAUAGUACCGAAAUCCUCCGAGGGUAGCUUGUUGAAAUAUAAACUUUGCUCUUGCUGUCGAGUUUCCGUCUACUGUUCUGUCGAUUGUCAAAGAACUCAUUGGAAUGAUGUGCACAGAGCUCAAUGUCUCGCACCCAGACCGGAAGAGGGUUGCCCGUUCCGAAUAUCUAAACUGGACGAAUCCUUCAUACGCUACUAUGUCACUGAAUUCGAGAUUCAGGAUCAUAAAGAGCUCGUCAAAGACUCUCAUGAUUUGAACCUUUCGGGACAGGAAACAGAUUUACUCGUUCAUCAGUUUCACUUCAGCAUGGAUCCGGCGGAUGAGAAGUACAACGCAAUCGAUUAUCAUGAACUCUUAAAGGAAUUCAGCACUUGCCCGGAGUGUAACUGGAUCAAGGAAAAGACGAUUAAGGAAAGGGCUGAACUAGAUGAAGCUCGGGAAGGGUUGGUGUAUGUGUUGUAUCCGGGAAGGAAAGCGAUUUCGUGCAUGAUUUUCCGCGUUGAUUUGGAGGUCGCCUUGAACAGUACCGGUGUUUGGGAGGAGGCACAAGCGCAAAAGAUGUCAACUAAAAUGUUUUACUAGAUCUGGUAGUAAUGGGAG